AUGUUGUUGCUGGAGCAGGGUACAAACUACCGUGCCGUAGUCGGGGACACAGACCGCUCGGAACAUCUUAUGUUGAGCCCGGUUGUCAAUCUUGCCAAACAGGAUUGCUUGUCUGAAGGUCUGCUCCUUCUUGUGCGUAACGACUACUGGCUGCUGUCUCCCAGUGGUCUCCAGUCCGCGUUGUGGUGGCCGCCCUUGAGUGCCUUCGGAUCUGCCGUGUCCCCCUGCAUAUACGGGUGCAGCUGUUUCGAAACCGGAGUUACCACAUUGAUGGUAGCAGUACGUGAAAAUAAACUGGUUGUUGUUGAAAGACUUUUAGAACUGGGAGUUCACCCCAACAAACAAGCCAAGGAUGGGCGGACUGCACUACACUAUGCAGCAUGCUAUGCCAAGGAUGAAAUUAUUAAAUUGUUACUCAGUAAAAAAGCUGAUCCACAUAUUACUGGAGGGCCCAGUCAUCAGAUUCCCCUGCACAUGGCUUGUGCAAGAACUAAUGCUUCCAUAUCAGGUGUCCAACUAUUGCUUCAUGCUUCUGGAAAAGAUGCACGACUUCAUAAGGAUAAGCAUGGGUGCAUUCCACUUAUCCUGGCAGCUGAGGUGGGCAACCAUGGAGUGUGUAGGGAACUGCUUCUACUUCACACGAAACAACAGGUCAUCAGUGCAAAAGUGGACACGGGAGAUGCAGCGAUUCACAUUGCAGUGCGCAGAAAUGAUGUAGACCUGGUGAAGCUGCUGCUUGAGAGUGGGACGCCGAUAGAAUUACAGAAUAAAGAUGGUCACACAGCGCUGCACCUGGCUGCAUGGGAAGGAGAUGAGGUUAUGGUCAAGUUCCUGUAUAACAUGCGGGCUGAUCCUAACAUCUCUGACAAAAUGGACAGACUUCCACUUCACAUUGCUGCUGAGAGAGGAAACACCCUUAUUGUUGACCUACUAGUGGACAAAUUCAAGACAUCCAUCUCAGCUCGCACAAAAGAUGGCAGCACUUUAAUGCACAUUGCUUCCCAGUGUGGUCAUCCAGACACAGCCUUGAGCUUUCUGAAGAAAGGGGUACCACUACAGAUGCCAAACAAGUCUGGCGCCAUCUGUCUGCAUGCUGCAGCCAAGAAGGGACACAAUGCUGUGGUGAAAGCCUUGUUGCAAAAGGGAGCAUUUGUUGACACAAAGACAAAGGAUGGGUCCACUGCACUGCAUAUUGCUGUCCAAUUCAGCAGACCUCAGGUUGUGCAGACUUUGCUCGGUUUUGGAGCACAGGUGGAACUCAAGGGUGGAAAGGAUAUGGAAACUCCACUUCACAUAGCAUCAAGGACAAAGGACGGAGAGAAAUGUGCCGAGAUGCUCAUUAAGUCAGGAGCAAAUGUAAAUACAGCAACAGAGAAUGGUGAGUCAGCAUUACACAUGGCUGUUCGGUUUGGUAAUGUCAAGAUGGUGAAUAUUCUGUUGGAGGAAGACGCAGAUCCUCAGAGUCAGUCCAAGAUGGGUGAGAUUCCGCUACAUGUGGCUGUUCGACACUGUCAUCUUGUGGUUUCCAAGCAGCUGCUGCAGUUUGUUGCUAGAAAGUCACGAAUUGAUGCUGUUAUGAUGGUCAACCAACAAAACAAUGAGGGAGAAACAUCCAUGCAUUAUGCAGCUGAAUUGAUGAAGAACAUGUGUCAUAAUGACUUUGAGGAUACAGAUCUCAUUAAACUGAUGUUGGAGUUUGAUGGCGACACCAACAUACAAAGCAGAUUGACCUUCCAGACACCAUUGCAUUUUUGUGCUCAUGCCGGGAAUGUGGAUGUUCUCCUGGAAAUUGUCCACCAUAUUGGAUCAAAUAAACUCCAGUAUGCAAUCAACAAACAAGCCAAGAAUGGGCAGUCUCCAUUGCUGAUGGCCAGUGAAGAAGGUCACCUUGAAAUUGUGAAAAUAUUGCUCCAGAAUCAUGCAAGAGUUGAUGUCUUUGAUGAGCAUGGUAAAGCUGCACUUCAUCUUGCUGCUGCUAACGGUCAUGAAAAGGUGGCUGACAUCUUGCUGCGUCACCGAGCGUUUAUGAAUGCCAAGUCAAAGCAAGGCUUCACACCUCUUCACCUGGCGGCUCAGAACGGUUACAACAAACUUGUCAAGUUGCUGGUUGAGAGUCACAAUGCAUUGAUCGAUGCCUUAUCACUUGCAAAGAGGACUCCAUUGCAUAUGGCUGCCCAGAAUGGCAAGAUGGAGGUGUGCAGUACACUUAUCCAGAUGAAUGCAGAUCUUAAUGCUACAGACGAGAGAGGCCAGACUCCACUGCAUCUGGCUGCUGAGAAUGAUCACUCGGAUGUCGUCAAGCUAUUCCUCAAAACACGACCAGAACUUGUUACCAUGGGCAAUACAAAUGGAAUGACAUGUGCACACAUUGCUGCCUUCAAAGGAAGUAUUGCUGUUAUCAAAGCGCUAAUGAGAUUUAACAAGUCUAUCAUAAUAAGAGCCAGAAACAAGACAACCCAUUCGACACCAUUGCACCUUGCAGCCGCUGGCGGCAACAAGGCCGUUGUCGACGCCCUCCUGGAGGCGGGAGCAUCACCUACUGAUGAAAAUUCUGAUGGAAUGACCCCGGUCCACUUGGCUGCCAAGUACGGCCAUGUUCAGAUUCUGGAGUCACUCAGUGGUGAGACUUUGUGGAGACUUAUAAGCAAAAAGACUGGCUUGACAGCUCUUCACGUGGCAGCUCACCAUGGCCAGAUUGAAAUUGUUCGGGAGAUGCUCACCAAAAUGUCAGCCAUCGUGAAGAGUGAACCACCCAAUGGAGAUUCUGGACUGCCCCGAGACCUUAAUUCGGAGUAUGGCUUCACUCCACUACAUCUAGCAUGUCUUUCUGGCCACGAAGGACUUGUUCGUCUGCUGCUCAACUGUCCAGGUGUUCAUGUGGAUACUGCCACUGCCAUUCAGGGUUCGAUCCCCCUGCACCUGGCUUCUCACAAUGGCCACACGACGGUGGUGAGUCUUCUGCUGAGCAAGUCGACGGCCCAGCUGCACAUCAAGGACAAGCGAGGCCGCACGGCGCUGCACCUGGCCAGCGCUAAUGGCCACUACGACAUGGUGGCCCUGUUGAUGGGGCAGGGCUCCGACAUCAACUCAUGUGACAAGAAUGGCUGGACAGCCCUUCACCUGAGUGCUAAAGCAGGCUAUCUGAAUGUCGUCAUGCUGUUGAUAGAAACGGGAGGCAAUACCAAGUUGGAGACCAAGGAUGGCAAAGUGCCAAUCUGUUUUGCUGCUGCUGCCAAUCAUUCAAAUGUUCUCAGCUUUUUGAUGAAGAAAGAUCACAGCACUCAUCAACUAAUGGACGAUAAGAAGUUUGUGUUUGAUCUGAUGAUCUGUGGAAAGCUAUACAAAAAUAAAUGCAUCGAAGAGUUCAUUUUGUUAUCACAAGAACCAGUAGAUACUGCAGCAAAAUUGUCGAAAAACUUCCGCCUUCUGGCAAUCAAAGAAAAAGAGAGAGCACGGGACCUGAUAGCGGCUGGCACGUACUGUGAGAAUAUGGCAACGGAACUGUUGGCCAUAGCAGCCAGCCACGACAGUGCCGAACAGAUUCUCAAAUCUGUCGACGUCCAUGGUGUUCCGCUAUUAGACGUCCUUAUUGAACACGAACAAAAAGAGGUUGUGGCACAACCUGCAGUUCAAAAGUAUCUGUCCGACGUGUGGGUUGGCAAUUUACACUGGACGACAUGGAAGCUUAUUAUGUUGUUUUUAACCUUUCUUUUGUGCCCAAUAAUCUGGUUGAUAUUUUCACUGCCCCUAAAACAUCGGUACAACAGAGUGCCAAUCAUAAAGUUUAUGGCCUAUUUAGUAUCUCACAUUUACUUGAUGGUUCUGUUUUGCAUUACGGUGGUGAUCCCGAUAACGCCGAUAUACAUGUCAGGUACGCUGAUUCCACACUGGAAUGAAUGGAUUCUGUUGGUGUGGCUGUCGGGACUUCUGGUGUCCGAACUGACCAAUCCUGGAGACCGAGCGGGUCUUGGCUGGAUCAGGUUUGUGAUCAUCUUACUAUGUUCUGUGGGCGUGGCCAUCCACUUGAUAGCAUUUGCAUUUGACCACGAGAUGCGGUUGAUCCUCGUUUACAUCCGAAACCAGUUUUUCGGAUUCUCCUUACUGCUGUGCUUUGUACAGUUUCUCGAUUUUUUAUCAUUCCAUCACCUGUUCGGACCCUGGGCAAUAAUUAUUCGUGACUUGAUGAAAGAUCUGACAAGGUUUCUUGUGAUUUUGCUCAUCUUCAUGAUUGGUUUUACAUUCCAUAUGGCAUGUCUGUACCAGCCAGUGUUCGCACCUAACAUUUCCGACCCAAACUUGGGAGACGGAUCGGGAAGCGGUGGGGCAUCUGAACAGACGCCAAUAGACACUUUUGAAAUUCUAUUUUUUGCUCUAUUUGGACUGAUUGAUCCAUCGGCUCUUCCACCGGUUCACCGCAGCCCAUUUUGGGUUGGAACGAUGGCGAGGAUUGUGUUUGGAACGUACAUGAUGGUCACUCUGAUCGUCCUCAUCAACCUGCUCAUUGCCAUGAUGUCUGACACCUACCAGCGGAUCCAGCAGCAGUCGGACAUAGAGUGGAAGUUUGGCCGAGCCAAGCUGAUACGCAACAUGAACAAGACGUCGGCGACCCCGUCUCCACUGAAUCUCUUCACCAAGCUCUUCCUCUACAUCAGAGUGGCCUACAAACAUAGAUCUGCAGUUUGCAGUUCUCAAGUUCAGGAUUUCAUCACUGAAGAAGAAGAUCUGGCUGAAACAUCUGACACUGGAUCGGUUGAUUUCCUUAACCACUCGUCUGCCAACUGGCUGAGAAACAUUGUUCGCAGAAAUACACAGGUUGCUCCAGAAGAUACAUUUCUGCGUCAAAUGCAUCGUCCAGGUCCAAUGCGAAUUAAGGAUGUUGUGGACUGGGACAUUGUCAUCAAGAAUUACCUCAUCAGCCAAGGCAUCACAGUAGCUGAACAGGGAUCCAGUAAAAUGGGCCGAAACAGAGAGAACAAGCCAGAUGAUGAUGGUGUAGCUAAACGAAAAUUCGGCAAAGUGAUGAUUUGAUAUCACCAAGAGAACUUUAAAAGAAAAAAAAAACCUUUAUUGAAAUAAAUUUUUCAAACAAUUAAUUUGAUAAAGAGAACUUGAAAGGGAAAAGAAUGUUUUGUGGAAUAUAUUUUGACAAAUGUGGAUGUAAUGUGAUAAAAACUGGAAAACAAAAAUUUGUUACACAAAACCUGACAAAGUAUUUAUUUGACAUGAUUUAAAAGAAAAGGAAUCAUUUCUCAAUACUUUUCCUGAUCAUUGGUUAUACAGUAUGUGCCAAAAAUAGUGUGCAAUAAUGUCUGUUAUAUACUUUCCCACACACUGAUCUGAUUAUUCUACAACAGUUGAUACUGCAAUCACCGAGAAUGGGUUGGAAAAAAUAUAUAUCUGUAACUUGAAACCAAAAUACAUGUGUUUAUUGGUAUGAUGUGUUCAGAGCUUCAAAUCAGAAUAUGGGAACUGACAGGUAGUAAUGUCACUUAAAAACUUUAAACCUGAACAUAUAGACCGGUUUAUUGGCCAGUGACGUCAAAGUACUGUGCGCGGCCAUGUUUAGAAUCAUGUGAUCGGUCGACCAUUACGGGAGUGUAACUCGCACAAUAAUAACAUGUGAAGGCAUUGCAUGUGGGUGCAUUUUCAAUAUUUAUUACCUUUUUAGUACAUUUUGUUAAAGCAAAACCAGUAUGUCGAAUAAUACAACCUCAUUUAAAGAUUGUAGAUUCAUAUCCAAGUUGGUGGAAGUGUAUUAAUCAUAAAAAACAUAAAUAAUAAAGUAUGUAUAUAUACACGCGAACAUAAAAGCAUAUAAUAAUUUAAACUUAUGCAAAUAUAACUUCCCUGGACACUUGUAUAGCCUAUUAUAUUGAACUUUAAAACAAUAUUUUAGCCAGCAGACGAGGUUAUCAGAUGCCCCCCCCCACCAGCCUAAGCUCCUAUUUUGUUUUGUCAAAGUGGUUCGCUUUGUAAUUAACUAGCAUAUAGAACAUUUUAUGACUAAUCGGAGGCACAUUUUCGGGGUAAUUUAGUGUUGUAUAUUGUGGAUGAUUAAUUUAAAAAA